AUGGACAUUGAGUCCGGCAAGGGUUCUUUCGAGAGCCAGGAUCUCGCCAAGCCGCCGUCUACUUUUAAUCGUGGCUUUUUCGAAGCGGCUGCACUGCUCAGCAUCUGGAGUGUUCUCGUCAUCAAUGAGGGUGCCAUUCGUCUGAUUAACACCAACCCCUCUGGCGGUCUUUCUGUGGGACGGCCAGCAGCCAUUUUCCCGUUCUUGGGCGGACUGUUUGAGGUGGCGUUCGGUUUGUUGGGUCUGUACCUGGGGGUUGCUGCGUUCAUCCUGCGAGCGCAUAACGCAAAAGUCACCAAGAUCGCCAUGGUCGUGCAGACAGUCUUGGGAUACUAUGUGUUUGCGAUCUUUGUAUUUGUGAUUCCGUCAUUCAACGCUUCUAAUUUGGAUGCCCCGAGUCUUGUAGGGCUGAGCCUCGGGCAGAGCCGCUUCCUGAUCGCGCUUGGCGUGCUCACGUCGUUCCAAUUCUGCCUCGCCCUGCAGGGUGGGCAGUUUGUGUUCAUGGCUCGUCUUGUGUGUGCUGCGACUGGACGGGACUUUUUGAAACAGAAGUCGGGAGCCCGGAUGCGCGCUGUUUUCUGGAACGCGAACCUCGGGCUUGCUGGUCUGUGGACUCUGAUCACUGGAAUCUUGAUCACCACGAACGUUGGGUCAGGCAGGCUUGAAGUUCCGUUCGAGUCGGCUCCCAACGUGGGCCUUCUGCCGGGAAUGACGAUUGUGACGGGGGUGCUGAUGAUGUCGUUUGCAAUCAUGGGCAUCAUGGUGGCCAUGAUGAGGAUGCAGGUCCCGAAGCUGUACUACGCGGCGGCCGGGUUUGUGUACUUGUUCGCAUUCCUGAACUACACGAUUGUGCAGUUUGGGCUGUUGCCAGAGCCGCCCGCCGGAGCGGUUGCACUGCACGCCGGGCUGGUGUUCAUGGUUGUGUUCUUGGGACCGUACUUCGUUCAUGUUUCGGAGCGUGAAGAACAAUCGACCGGGGCAGGGAUGUAA